AUGUCGGAGAGCCAACCCGUCGAGUUGCAAAUUCCCAUGCCCUGGGGACACAUUGCUGGUUGCUGGUAUGGCAGUCGACACCUUCGACCGCUACUGGCCCUGCAUGGUUGGCAAGAUAAUGCCGGCAGUUUCGCACGUUUGGCCCCACUUAUAGCGCCACACCGACCCCUAUUGGCCAUCGAUUUGCCCGGCCAUGGACGUUCUUCACACUUUCCUACGGGUUUUUAUUACCACUUCAACGACUUUAUUCGCGUAGUGCAUCGUGUCGUUCGCUACUACAAGUGGCGUAAAAUAUCAUUUCUUGGUCAUUCAUUGGGAGCUGCGCUUAGUUUCUACUAUGCCGCACUCUUUCCUACCAAAGUCGAUAUGAUCAUUGCAAUCGACGCACUAACCACUCCAUACUUCCCACCAAAUAUACAAAUCGCCUUGACGUCCGUAAUGACUGAAAAAGCGCUCAAUGAAGAGGAUCGUUUGCAAGAGCCAGCGCCCCUCUAUACUUAUGAGAGUUUAAAAGAUUUGCUAUAUCGUGGCUCUGAGCAGUCGGUGGAAUUAGAGCAUUGUGAAUUUUUGCUGGAGCGCAGCGUUCGACGUGUGCAAAGCAAUUCUGAUAUGUAUUAUUUUGCACGCGACAAUCGCGUCAAGCUGGUCGAAAUGUUGUUCACUCAGCCGGAACUGGUCAACGCACUGGCCGAGCGAGUGCGCAAUAUUCACUAUCUUGUGCUGAAAGCUGAACUUUCGGAUUAUAUAAAUUUGGAGAAGCAAAAGGAAGUUAUUAACGUUUUACGCGCAAACAAUCACACUUUUGAACUUCAUAUAUUGAAGCGUGAAAAGCAUCACGCCCAUCUGAAUAGUCCUCAUCGAGUGGCGGCGAUUGUAGUGCGAUUUUUGCGUAUGGCGUAUGGCGGUGGAAGGACUAACAAUACGUUAAAUGGAAAGCUUUAG